UGGACCCUUCUACAUCAGUCAUCACCACACAGCCGGUCAGGAUAUCUAAGAUCAGGCAGGACCCUUCUUCAGCAGUUAUCACUGAAGAGUCGGGCCGGAUACAAGGGACCAAGCAGGACACUCCCUCAUCAGUCGUUACUAAGACAACCCACCAAGUUACUAAACCAAUCAUGACACUGCUAAUGAUGACCACGUGGGCUGCUCUUCUCGUCUCCUCCACCGCUCAAGGCAUCUCUUCGAGUCUUGGCUUCGCUGGAGGAUUACCUCAAGACAUUUUUGGUGUUUCUGCUAAGGAACAAAAAUUCUUAACAAGUGGCCAGUCUCCAAGCCAACAACCCUCAGGCCUCUUACGAGGUUUCCUCGGAAAACUUUUUAGCGAAAACUCCUUCGGGGAUUUUUCAAAUGGCGAUGUUUUGAGGGAUCCUGGUUUUGGAGGCGCUAUUAACCCGUUUGUAAGCGACUUUAGUAGAGGCCCUGAUAUCUUCUUUGGGGGCAAUGACGAUUUCAUCGAGGAUACUUUUGAGUUUAAUGGUGAUUUACCAGGUAGUUUCUUGGACUUCUCUGGCGGUCUUGGUAAUACCUUGGGUUUCUCCUUUGACAGUGAGUCCCUUUCUGACCCUUUUAAUAAUUUCGUCAAUGACUUCGGCAUCAAUGAUAAUUCCUUUGAGACGUUUUCUGGUAAUAACAUCCCCUUACUUGGGGGAUUCGUCUCCUCUUUGAACGGCCCAGGUGGCUCCUUCGGUGGUCUUCGCGGCUCUGAAGGCUUCGUCAGCAAUCUUAGAGUCUCGUCUGACUUUCCAAGGACGUCCGUCGGUAAUGACCAUUUUAUAGCAUUUGAAUCUCCGUCGGGAGUGAUUUUGAUUCCGUCGGCGGCUCUGACUUAAACUUAAAACCUAUAGCAUUAUCUAUAUAGGUAACUACGGAUAUUGUAUAGAGGUAGUCAUGGAGUAUCCACACUUGACAGUGGCCGGUGCCACCCGAAGAACUUCGGCAACAUGAAAUAAUUCCCGUCGGGAACCACAACAUGCAAUUCUCAUUUUUUUUUAUAUUCAUUAACAACUGAAAAUAUAAUUAGUCGUUUCAAAAUAUUUAUAAAUAAAUCAUCAUUUUAAU